AUGUCUCAACCAGCAACUCCUAUGCUCAGAAGCAGACCAAGUACCAGCUGGUGGGCUCGCCGCCACACGUCGCUCCUCCAUGAAUCCGACUUGAAUCACACCUCCCUAUCUUCUUGCCAUGGAGAGAACACAUCCAAGUCUUGCACCAAACCCCCUUCCCCACCCUUGUCCCGCCAACCCUCACUACAGCGACCCAGAUCACCUACCCCUGACAUCAUGCUCAGCGGCUGGCAACCCGUAGAACCAAGCCCUGCACUCUGGGUCUUUCUUAGGAACGUUCCUUCGCCACCGUCUGCGCCGGAGUUUGAGGUCCCGUCUGAGGUACGGGCACGGGCACAGCAACAGGCAGAGGAACAAGCACGGGCAGCACCACUUCAAACAGAAGGUGAUGGUUCAAGGCGUGAUUCUGUAGUCGACGAGGAGAUGUUGCCUCGUGCAGGGAGAAAUGGGGGAGAGAUUGUAAGGGGUGUGAAUGUGGAUGUGGAGAGCCAGGAGGAAAGGGUACAAAAAAGCUAUGGUGGCGAAAAGUUAAUUGUGAGGUCAUUUGCACGGAUGAGUAAGAAGGUUAAUCAAAGUGUGAGAUGUGAAGGUCAAAUCGGGCGGAGGGGCGGAAGCGAGUAA